AUGGCUCAGAGUGUGUGGAUUCGACUUGAGGAUAAGAAGAGAGCCACUCAAUUUCCUAUCGUUGAUUGGAAUAUGAGUCACAAUUUGGAUGACUUUGCGACAGAGCUCUGCAAAAAGGGACGACUUAAAACUCUCAAAAUUGACCCGGCUGACCUCGAAUUUUUCGAUGGGACAUGCUUCUUACCAAGACCAGAGAUAAAUUCAAAAAAUUGCAAGAGGAGGAUGAAAUCUACUUUGUUGAUCAGGAAACGAAAAAAGAUAAUUAUCGAAGAUAAGGUCGCCUUCGACUGUUUGUUGCAAGAAAUCACGCCAAAUGAUCGAAAAAAAAUCAUUGUCGAUCUCGUUGUCCGAAUCAAAGGCAAAAAGCCAUACGGUGACUGGAACUUGAAUGAGGUGCUUAAUGAAAUCUUGCACAACCGAUAUCCGUCACUUUUUGCGAUGCCUAAACUUAAUAUAGUACAAAUCAAAUCUCGCGCUAAAGAACUCACCGAUGAUAACGAGAAGACUUUCGCAGUUGCUAUACUCAGAAAGGAUUAUCCAUCGUUGCGGCUGGCAGUAGAACAGGACUUCGACGGAACGCGCGGUUAUGGCUUUUUAGACUACGUGAUCUUCGUCUUUGGAUUUCUCGCAAUUCUGGUGAGAGGCCAAAAUGGAAGAUAUCCAAAAAGGCAUGACGCAGAAUCUCGUACAGCUCCACACUGCGGCGGAGUUAUUUUUAUUUAUCUCUUCAAAUUGUAUCACCCUACUUCCCAGAAACUUGGCAAGCGCAAGCGCGAAGAAGAGUCGAAUGUAAACGUUUAUGGGAUAGUGACAACCGGAUUAUCUUGGCAAUUCAUUAAAUGGUCUGGUCUUCAAGAGCACUUAUCGAUAGAGAUCUCCGAUGUGAUUUCGUGCGGAUAUGGCGACGAUAUGAAACGGGCGAAGGAAGUGCUUUCCAUUAUCAGUGGCAUUCUUCAGUUGCAAGCCGAUUCCCACAACGUAAGGCAG